AUGAGCCACAUUCAAACUCAGACAAAUUGCAUAGAGAAUAUUCCAUUACCUUCGUGGUGUCCUGCCUUUUCAGAUAAAAAGAUAGAUUCGAAAACUAAUGAAGAAUUAUUUUGUAUUUGCAAAAAGCCUGAUUCUGGAGAAUUAAUGGUAGGCUGUGAUGGUUGUUAUGAUUGGUAUCAUUUUAAAUGUGUUCACAUCCCUGAAAAAUUCCAACAUCUUAUUUUUAAAUAUUAUUGUCCUUAUUGUCAAGCUGGUAUUACAAAGGCUUCCAAAAACAAAUCUCAUAAUCUCAAUGAUAAGAAUUUUUCGACAGCACUUUGUACACAAUGGAAAAGAAAAUGUAGAUUGCCUAAUUGUUACGAGCCAUGCUUAGAGAAGAGUAAGUAUUGUUCUAAGCAACAUGGUAUGUUAUUCAUGCAAACAGUAAUGGAUAAAACUACCACUAAUGAAGAAAUUGUUACAGCAAUGACUUCAAGAAAAACAGUAUCAGAAUUUCAAAAUUUUGGUGAAGAUGGAUUUAUAAAGAGAGACAUAUCUAAGGAUAUUGAUAUCACUCUCUAUAAUGAGUUAAUAUCGAACGAUAAUCUAUUAAAGGAUUUGAAUGCAAUUAUUAAUGAUACGCAACUAAAAUUACCAGAUUUAAAUCAAAAGUUAGCUAAAUUACAGAGCUAUAUUGACUGGAUUAAUCAAGUGAGAUUGUAUUUACAGUCUUCUGAUAAUGAAACGGUCAAUACUGUAGACCCACAACAAGCAUCGACAUCACAAAUAAAUACUAAGAAGAGGAAAAAUAAUAAACGUAGUGGAAGCAAAAAUUCAAAACACAAGAAAUCAACAAAUAUAUGUGGAUACUGUCAAGAAUGUAUAGAGAAUGGUACUACACUUUCGGUAGAAGAUUUUUCCAAUAAAUAUAAGACUGUCAUGGAGAAUAACGCGAAUAGUACAGAACCCCAAACUUUGAUUGACGGAAUUUGCAUUAAACCCAGGUGCAUACGACAUCAAGACUGGGUUAGUAUGGAAUUUGAUAGAUAUAAUUACCAAAUAGAAUCACUAGAGCAUAAUAUUGAAAGAACUAAACUUUUAAUAGAUACUAGGAAAGAAUGUUUAAAUAUUCAAUUUUUUGAGCAACUUAAGCAAAAACAACUAGAGCAGAAGGUCAUAUGA